AUGCAGGUUCAUCCUUCUGUUCCUGAACUUGUCAUGCCGGAUCCUUCCAUGUCCAAUCAAUCGCAGAAUGCAGCAGUUCGCCGGAAAGCUAAAGGAGCCGCUCGCAAUAGGCUUCCCGAGCUGCCCAAUGACAUCCUACUCAAAGUCUCACGACGAGCACUGCAUGGGAUAUACCUAAGGACGAGGUAUAAUAGACCGGAAACUGAAGCAGCCGCUCGCGAUAGGCUUAGUGAGCUGCCUGAUCACAUCCUACUCAACAUCCUAGAGCGGGUGGACACGAUGGAUGCCUUGAGAACCUGCAUCCUCUCGAAGAGAAUGCUGCAGCUCCCCGCCAUGCUCUCGCGGUUCGACAUAGAUGUUGGCUCCCUCACGCAGCACCAUGGCAAGGCAUCCCAACGCUAUUUGAGCAUUACUCACGUUGCUCGGUACAACAAUGCUCUGGCUGGUGUCACGGAGAAGAUCCUGUGUAGGAGGAGUCCAGAGAUACCCAUCAUCCACAAGCUGAGGGUCAGAUGCUAUUUGAGGCCUGAUGAGUGUCUCCCCAUCACCAGAGCUUUGGCCAGCACCAUGGCGACCCAGGAGGUCGAAAACGCCGAGUUUGUGUCCCUCUUAGAGGACCCCUAUAUAGGAUCCAGACCUGACGAGCGCUAUGCGAAGCGAUUCAAUACCUGUCUUGGUGACUGUCCAGCUGCAUUUGCUGGCCUCACACGCCUGUGGCUGUGCAACAUGAGGUUUGGCAAACUGGACAUCCUCAACAUCCUCAGCACCUGCAAGCGGCUGGAGCACCUGCGCCUCUCGUGCUGCGACGCAGGUCUCCAUUCGGUGCUGCUAGUAGAACAUGAUCAACUUGUUGAGCUCAUAGUCGAGCGUGGCCAUUAUGAGACAGUACAUCUCUACCGUCUACCAAAACUCAAACGUAUGACUUGUGCUGGUUGGUGUUUUCCAGUCCCACUGGCUUUUGGCUAUGUCCCGCUGCUUUCAACGCUAAGUCUUGCACAAACGGGUAUUAGUUUAACUACGGAUCUCCACUUAAGUCAGCUCCUUGCUAAUGUCCCCUCGAUAAGCGAGCUGCACUUGGAUUUUAGAAGUGAAAAGAUCUGGGUUGUACCAGAAUGCCCUAAACUGCUUGCGCCUGUGUUUGGCAAACUAGAGUAUGUGAAUUUAGAACAAGCAAGUGCUCUGGAUAAUCUCCGUGAAGGAUGUGAUAUUGCUUGGACCAACUUCAUUCUUGAAGCUGCGCCCCGCCUACGGGAGCUGUGCAUCACGGUCUGGGAUCACUGGUGCGAAAUGAUGACAGACGAGUACGCUCGAAGGCAACUUGGAUACUACGAGAAAGCAAACGUGGAGUGGCAACCAUCUGUACCUGGUCUCAAGCACAAGAAUCUGGUCAAGCUUACCAUCCACGGCUUCCAACCCAAUGAGAACAUGGUGCAAUACGUGAAGAACAUCAUGAAAGUCGCCGUGAACAUGAGGGAGAUAUCGCUGCACGACAGAAAGGCGUGCGAGCACUGCCGGUACUUGUAUCACAGCGUCAAGGUUUACCCUUCUCCAACAAAUUGA